AUGGAUUAUUUUGGCAUUCCAAGAGGUUCAAUCCGAGCCCAAGCUUUUAAAAAGCUUGCCAGAACGACCUUGGAAACUGUAUCUUCAGAAAAAAUCGAAGGUUCAACAAGUCAAGCUAAUUUUCCUAAACUUUUGCGUGAAACAUUUGACGAAGAAGACCAACAUAACGGUUCAGCGUUCUUGCCCAGCAAUGGUAAGAGCAAAUUGUCGAAAGUUGCUAUCACCCUGAGAGAGUUUGAAGUUCUUGUUGCUCUCUGUGAGGCAACGCUGCCCAAAAUCCAGUCUUUAGAUCAUGCUAAGAUUCUCUUGCAGAAAUUUAGAAUGUACUUGGUUGAAUUGCCAGACCAGAAGUUUUCCGCCUCAAUUUUAUCCAAAUUAAACGGGAUCAAUUCUUCGCCAUGGCUAAUAUUAGCAGAAAAAUUGACAGAUGCUAUUGUAAACAUCGCCGUACAGUUUGAAGACAAAUAUUUGUUGACACCGGCAUUGGACAUUUUGCAAGAGUUUAUUACCGAGUUAUUUAAGAUCAAAGAAAAUGUGACUAUAAAUGGCGACCUCAAUGGUGUUGCUAGUGGCGGGUUUCCUGAAGAAGAUGCUACACUUGAACACUAUCAGAUGUCCCACUAUUUAUCUUUAUUGGGUUACAUCAGAGCCUUAAUCAAGAACUCUAAAAUUUUAACUCUUAGUCGUGAUUCUUUCAACGUAUUUAUUUCAUUGGAUUCUAAGAUUGAUAAUCCUAGAUUUUUAAAGGGAGUAGAAAUCUAUUCAAACAAAAACUUUUCUACUUUACAUGAUCAUGAAUUCGCCAUGGAAUUCAGUCCUAUCUUAUACAUCGAAAGUAUGAGUAAAUUGAUGUGCUCCAUUGCUAGCUCUAUCUUAAGGAUUGAUCAAGAUGAAGAGAGUCUUAUGGAACACAUUUUAAACAAAGUGUCUUCUUCAGUUGCGGAACAAAACAAUCCUGAUGAAGUUAAUGGAACUGUCACCAAUGGAGGAAUUAAAGAAGAGUCCGCUACUUUAGACAUUUCUUCUAGCCACAUGAAAAUUAUUAAGAUCCUCUCCGAUAUUGCCAUUCAAAAAAUGGAUUUCUUGGACCGUGGUGAGACAUAUGUUGUUUAUUCCACCUUCAGCAGAUUCAGAAUUGGGUUAUUGGCCAAGUCCUACAACUUGCAAAUUAUUGGAUGUGGUAUGUUCACCGAUAACCUUGAGUUUAAAAUGGCCAAGAAGAUUUUCAAAAAUUGUUUGCAAAUCUAUGAUGUCAUGCUUGACGGCAAUUUAGGACCCAGUGUAUUACAAUUAGGUGCGCUUUCUGUCUUCAAAGAUGAUCGUAUCGGAUCUUCAUUGACGAGAUCAUUUACUUCAUUAGUAUCAAAUCCUGAAUUUUCAAAAGAAUAUUGCAGAAAAUCAUCCAAGUCUGUGGGACUAGCAUCAAGAGCUUUAACUCAAGAUGCUGUCUACACAACUAUAUAUACGUUGACUAACUUGUUGUUCGUAGGUAAUGAUGUCCAAAGCAGAAACUUCAAGAGAAAUAAUACUGGAGGGCUUAACAGUAGCGCCAGUAGGGAUGUGAUGAAUUUAUCAAGAAUUCCAUCGUCAACAUCAUUUGAUUUUAGAGAUGGUACCAAUAGUAUUAGUAACGAUGGAAAUAUUACAUCUGAUAAUAACAUUUAUUAUCCAGAUGGAAAUAAACCAAUCGCAAAUUCUGGAAAUGAUUACUCCGACUCUGAGUAUGCAAAAGUCUGUGAAAAUGCCAUAAUAGCAAUCAGUGAAAUUACACAGGCUAGUAGAGAUGAAUCUGUCACAACACUUGCUGUUACCAUUUUAUCACAAAAAUUAGCUAAGAUCGAUAGCGAAGUUACAAUUACUUUGUUGAAUGGACUUGUCUCCUGUGCUCCAUAUUUACCUGAACGUGAAUUUUUAAUCCUUAUGAGAUUGUUGAAUAGAAUGACUUUAGAAGCUAUGGAAUCCAAAAAGUGGAAGAUGUAUGAAGGCAUCAUCGAAGCAAAAGUUAAUCUCUCUCUAAAUUUGAAAAAAAGGAGAAAUGAACCAAAUUCUUUGUAUUGGGUUUACUUGAAAGAUAUACUUCAAUCUAUUAUCAGUAAAGGAGACGUGCAAGUCUUAGAACACCAUAGAUCACAUGUUGAAAUUAAUGAAAUCGGUGAACAAAUUGGGGUUUAUUUAAGGCCACUUGCAAAUUUAUUGCCAAAUAUUGAACUUGAUGAGCCAAAGCUUGACCUUAGAGAUACGAACAUUAUUAACCUUUUCAGAAAUAUUUGGUUUAAUAUGGUUGUUCACGGCUAUUCAAUUAACUCUAAAUUUGCUGAAAAGUACAAUGUAGAAUUGAAAGCAAUUGUAUACAAUACUCCUCCAUUAGCUUCCGAGUUAUCUUGGGAUCACACUGAAACUUCCUUAGAAAUGAAUACUGUAUUGAGAAGGGGCUCAUCCAAUCAUAAUGUUAAGGAUCACAAACACAUUAUUGGUGACAUUUUUGAUUUCCCAAGGACUAUAACAUAUCCUAAAUUGAUGUUUUUGUCAGCGACGGUUUUUGUGGAAUCACUUAGAGUCAAAUCUUGUGGUGAAUGCUCCACAAUAUUAGAGUACUUUUCUGAUCCUUCAAUUAAAACUACUGGAAUUGACAAGUAUAUUGGCCAUAUUGCAUUCCAGAUCGUUAAGGACUACAUAUUUCUAAUCGGAUGUGGCGCUAAUAAAUUAUUUACAUCAGCUUCAAUUGCACAACAGUUAACUAACAUGUUGACUUUAUGCUGUCAUAGGAUGGAAGAGUUACAAGAUGCAGCUUUACAAUGCUGUGACUUGUUAAUCAACAAGGUACCUUCCGCAUUGUGUAACACUAAGAGUUUAUUCAGUGUGUUUGAUAUUUUGACAUUGUUGUUUCAAAGUUUGAUAGACGCAGACAAAAAUCAAUAUGAACCUACCACAACAUACACUGCACCUAAGAAUUCUGGUAUUCAAUUAUCCUUGUCUGAUUCAUACAAGUGGAGAAAUGAAACGUUCAACAGAUUUCAUGAGAAGAGUAGAAAUUGGGUAAAAUUGGUCUUACUUAAAGCGAACGAUGAAGCAAAAUCUCUAAUUCAAAGUUAUGUUUCCGACAUGGAUACCUUCCAGAACAACAAGAACUUGCAAUUCGGUGUACUGUUUAGUUUGGAAAUGGCUGGUCUGAUUUUGAGUAACGAUAGGGAAUUAUCUAACUUGAGUCAAAUUUCGACUACUAGGUUUAACACUUUGCCUAUAUUUUUAUCGCAAUUCAGCUGGAGGCUGAGUUUUAUCAGUGCACUUAGUGACAAGGUUGAUACAUAUACUAGCGAAUAUAUUGAAAAUGCAUUUAAUAACGUUAGAGGAAGGAUUCAAGAAUUGAAUAUUAGAAUCAAUAGAGGAAAAAAUUCGUACUCUACUCAAGAAAUAAUUGACGUAUUAACAGAUUGUGCAGGACUUAUUCUUAUAUCAGAUUCCAACAAUGCAGAAAUGAUAAGGCAUUUAGUUGGAAUACCAUUUGAAAUUUUCGAAGAGGAAUUAAUGAUUGCUGCCAUCAGUAUUUGGUAUUCGGUCAUGAAGGAUCAUAAGAAUUUGUCAAUUUUGAUCAUGUCAGAAAUUUUUAAACAUUGGGAAACGUCAAUUGAGUUAAGGAAGGGGAUUUUCAGCAGUGCUAGAGAUUUGACAAAGCCAGAAUUUUCGGUAAUGGAGUAUGCACCAAGUGAUAAAAGAUCUAUUAAUAAUGCAAGUCGAGUAACAUCAAAAGCAUUUGAACCCCAUUUGCUAAUCAUUAAGCUAGUUUCUUCGAACUUUGAAACUACUUUAAAUCAAAGUGAUCACUUACUCAAAUUGUUCACUAGAUUUAUUGAAGUUGGUUUGUCAAACUUAACCAUAAGUGCAUCAUUCCACCCUUUUGCGAGAAUGGCAAGAUUUGAAUUGAUUAGAUUUUCUCUCAAGGUUUUAAACUAUCAUGUUAAAUUGGGCUCAAGAAGCGUUCAAAGCUUAACAAUGCUUAUCCUUGAUGCUUCAUUAUCUUGGUUUAAGGGUAGAACAAUUUUCCCUUAUGGACACAAUGCUUUGAAGAUAAAAGCAGACUACUACAUACUUAAAGAGGUAGCCAAGCUCAUUAGCCAGUUGGACACUUUUAAAUCAGAACCUUUUGAGCUGAAAUUGAUUCUUCUCAUGUUUUUCCUUGAUGAUGAAAUUUCAAAAAUAUCUGUUUGGUUACAACCGUUAGAUCCUCAAGACACUAGAGGUUCUUAUAUUUCCAAUCACAUAAACGAAAAAAAUAUAACAAAGGCUUAUCAAAUUGACCCCAUCUUGGCAAUAAAUUUGUCUUUAAGGUACAAAGUCAAAAAUUUGGAUGAAAUGUUACAAAAUUUGAUUAGUAGUAAUCCAUUGGCAGCUAUUUUUUAUCCUGAAGCUGUGCAAUAUUUUAUUGGAAUUAAUGCAGGUACUAAUAUGCCGUCGUAUCAAUUAUUAUUCUGGGAGCCAUUAUCACCAAUUGAUUCGAUUACCUUAUUUUUACCUCCAUUUGGGAACAAUCCAUACAUUUUGCAAUACACUAUGAGAUCCCUUGAAAGUCAUGAUGUUAAUUUGACAUUCUUCUAUGUUCCUCAAAUCGUCCAGUCGUUAAGAUUUGAUGCAAAAGGGUAUGUUGAAAGAUUUAUAAUAGAAACGGCAAAAGUUUCACAGUUAUUUGCUCAUCAAAUCAUUUGGAAUAUGUUAGCCAAUAGUUUCAAAGAUGAAGACUCUACAAUUGCAGAUCUGUUAAAGCCAACUUUAGAUAAAAUUCAGCACUUGAUGAUUAAAUCGUUUAGCCCAGAAGAUUUGAGCUUCUACAGAAAAGAGUUUGAGUUCUUCAAUGAGGUCACCGCAAUUUCAGGAAAAUUGAAGCCCUUUAUAAAAAAUACUAAAGCCGAAAAGAAAGUUAAAAUUGAUGAAGAAAUGGCAAAAAUUGAAGUUGAAAAGGGUGUUUAUUUACCAAGUAAUCCAGAUGGAGUGGUCAUAGAUAUCAACAGAAAAUCGGGAAAGCCAUUGCAAAGUCAUGCAAAGGCUCCAUUUUUAGCUACAUUUAAAAUUAGAAAGGAGAUUGAAACCAUUGCUGAUAAUGGCGAACUUACGAGAUCUACAAUUGAGAAAUGGCAAAGCGCAAUUUUUAAGGUUGGUGAUGAUUGUAGACAAGAUGUUUUGGCCUUACAAUUAAUUUCUGUUUUUAGAACUAUAUGGGCGAAUGCUGGUUUGGAUUUGUACGUUUUCCCAUACAGAGUUACAGCAACAGCUCCUGGAUGUGGAGUUAUUGAUGUAUUGCCGAAUUCCGUUUCAAGAGAUAUGCUUGGUCGUGAGGCAGUUAAUGGAUUAUAUGAAUAUUUCACUACAAAGUUUGGCCCUGAGACUUCUAUUGAAUUUCAGCAAGCAAGAAACAAUUUAAUCAAAUCUUUAGCAGCUUAUUCAAUUAUAUCAUACAUUUUACAAUUUAAAGAUCGUCAUAAUGGUAACAUUAUGUACGACGAGCAAGGUCAUAUUUUACACAUUGACUUUGGAUUUUGUUUUGACAUUGUUCCUGGAGGAGUUAAGUUUGAAGUUGCUCCUUUCAAAUUGACUCAUGAAAUGAUAUUGGUACUUGGAGGUAAUAGCCAGACUCAGGCAUUCCAAUGGUUUGAAGAACUAUGCGUCAAAGGGUACUUAGCUUGUAGACCAUAUAUGGAGACUAUAGUGAGAUGUGUCAAUCCUAUGCUCGAAAGUGGGUUACCUUGUUUUAAAGAUACUACAAUUAAGAAGCUUAGGUCUAGAUUUGUUCCAACUAAGUCAGAGAAGGAAGCUUCGAUUCACAUGAAAGGAUUGGUAAAAAAGGCAAUGGAGAGUUAUUACACGAAAGGUUAUGACGAAUUUCAAAGACUCACCAAUGGAAUACCUUACUAG